AGCCUCCUUGGAGUAUGGUCGCAGUCUUUCCGCGUCUGUUGGCAAAGCCACACAGCUCCAGAUCGUUUUGGUCGAUGCGCGCGUUGUUCAGUUGUACCAAGUUUUGACGGUGUUUAUUUUUUUAUAUUGCGAGUGGCAGUUCUUUUGUAGGAGUACUUGUCGUUGUAGGUUUACGUAAUUGGUACCAAGAUUGAACGCGAUGCACAACGAGCAGCAAUAUGUACUGACGAUGUCAAGAAAAAUUCUGUUCUGAAACUGCUUCUGUCCACUUAAGUCUUCAAUCCUCCUGCUGAUGGGUUGCAGAGUAGUCAGAGAGUCAAUGCACUAGUAUACAUAGCAUAUCACGAAACAUUAGCCAAUAGAGUGUGCCAAAAUGACGACCUUAUCACAUCCCUAUAAAGACUGUUCGGGGCCGAAGGAGGUUCCCACCGAGUAUGUAAAGGACGUGGGAGAUUUGUUUGAUUGGAUCAAACAGCAACCACGGUUUCCGACUUUUACCAAGAACCAUGCCCAUCUCUUCCUCCACGCGUGCCUGUGGAAUAUGGAGGAUGCCAAAAAGGCGCUACAGAAAUACGCACACAUUCACGCCACAUCGCCGGACAUUUUCGACAACCGGGAUGUGCUCUCGACUGGGGUGCAGUUAGUGCUGAACAUGACCCACAUGGUUUCGCUCCCAAAGCUGACACCGGAAGGAUAUCGAUUACUGUGUUACCGUUUAUCCGAUACUGAUCCUUCGAGGAUGAACUUUGCCGAGGCAGUGAAGACAUUCUGCAUGUUCAACGAUGUCCAGAUUAGCAAGGAUGGCCCCAUCGAAGGCUACAUUGUAAUAUUCGACAUGAAAGGUGUGCGAUUGGGUCACCUGGCACGGGUACAGUUCGGUCCACUGAGGACAUUCAUGAGCUACAUUCAGGAUGCACAUCCUGUUCGACUGAAAAAGAUAUACAUAGUCCAUACGGCUUCGUUCAUCAAUCAGGUGAUGGCUCUGGUAAAACCGCUGAUUAAAUCGGAGCUGCUUGGUUUGCUCCAGUUUUGCACCUCCGGACCGAUCGACAUUGUCGGUGCCGAUCUUCUUCCAAAGGACUACGGUGGCCCAUUUGACGAAUUGGCAACACUGCACACAGAGCAAAAAAUAGAAAUUGAAACAGAUUAUCGCGAGUGGUUGAUAGACUCGGGUGCUUUGAAGGAAACCCCCAAGGAUAAGAACAGUGCGAUAAAACCACCGACCAAGGCAUUCCGAGGGUUGGAGAUCGACUAAUCAUUAACCAUUGACCAAUUCCCCGACAUAUUACACAUGUCAAGACAGGAGAGGACAUCGUUUAAGGAGUGUGUGAUAGAUUAUGGAAAUGUUUUGGUUGAGGAAUAUUUUAGAAAUGUUAGUCAUAUAGAGUGUCAGAAAAAUUGUUGAUUCGUAACAUAUUAGAGAUUCAAAUGAUUAUAUUUU